GAUGACGUGGCCCCCUACUUCAAGACGGAGCCCGUGCGGACGCAGGUGCACCUGGAGGGCAACCGUCUGGUGCUCACGUGCAUGGCCGAGGGCAGCUGGCCCCUGGAGUUCAAGUGGCUCCACAACAACAGGGAGCUGACCAAGUUCUCCCUGGAGUACAGGUACAUGAUCACCAGCCUGGAUCGCACUCACGCCGGCUACUACCGCUGUAUUGUAAGGAACAGAAUGGGGGCACUGCUGCAGCGGCAAACCGAAGUCCAGGUGGCCUACAUGGGGAGCUUCGAGGAGGGCGAGAAGCACCAGAGUGUCUCACACGGAGAGGCGGCUGUCAUCCGCGCCCCACGCAUCGCCAGCUUCCCCAGGCCACAGGUGACCUGGUUCCGAGAUGGCCGGAAGAUCCCACCCAGCAGCCGCAUAGCCAUCACACUGGAUAAUACGCUUGUCAUCCUGUCCACCGUGGCUCCCGACGCAGGCCGAUACUACGUGCAGGCGGUUAACGACAAGAACGGAGACAACAAGACCAGCCAGCCCAUGACUCUCGCUGUGGAGAAUGUCGGGGGCCCUGCCGACCCCAUUGCACCAACCAUCAUCGUCCCGCCCAGGAACACCAGCGUGGUGACCGGGACUUCCGAGGUGACCUUGGAGUGUGUGGCCAAUGCCAGACCCCUGAUCAAGCUACAGGUGGUAUGGAAGAAGGACGGGGUACCCAUCUCAAGUGGCAUCAGCGACUUUAGCCGCCGGCUCACCAUCACCAACCCCACCGUCAGCGACGCCGGCUACUACGAGUGUGAGGCGGUACUCCGGAGCAGCAGCGUGCGCCCUGUGGCCCGGGGCGCCUACCUCUCAGUGCUGGAGCCUCCACAGUUCACCAAGGAGCCCGAGAGACACGUCACCGCGGAGAUGGAGAAGGUGGUGGACAUCCCCUGCCGAGCCAAAGGUGUACCGCCCCCCUCCAUCACCUGGUAUAAGGACGCGGCCGUGGUGGAGGUGGAGAAGCUGAGCCGCUACAGGCAGCGGGGCGACGGCGGCCUGCAGAUCAGCAGCCUGGUGCCCGAUGACACCGGCAUGUUCCAGUGCUUCGCCCGCAACGCGGCUGGAGAGGUGCAGACCUCCACCUACUUGGCUGUCACCAGUAUCGCCCCCAAUAUCACCAGAGGCCCCCUGGACAGCACGGUGAUCGACGGCAUGUCGGUGGUCCUGGCAUGUGAGACCUCGGGGGCACCCCGGCCGGCCAUCACUUGGCAGAAAGGAGAGCGCAUCCUGGCCAGCGGCUCCGUGCAGCUGCCACGCUUCACGCUGCUGGAGUCGGGCAGCCUGCUGGUCAGCCCCACGCACAUCUCGGAUGCGGGCACCUACACCUGCUUGGCCACCAACUCUCGCGGGGUGGACGAGGCCUCCGCAGACCUGGUGGUGUGGGCUCGGACUCGCAUCACCAGGCCCCCACAGGACCAGAGUGUCAUCAAAGGGACACAGGCCUCCAUGGUGUGCGGAGUGACCCACGACCCCCGAGUGACCAUCAGGUAUGUGUGGGAGAAGGACGGGGCCACCCUGGCCGUGGAGAACAAUCCCCGUGUCCGCCUGGACAAGAAUGGCUCCCUGCACGUCUCACAGACAUGGUCCGGAGACAUUGGCACCUACACCUGCAGGGUGCUCUCGGCUGGCGGCAAUGACUCUCGCAGUGCCCACCUGCGAGUCAGGCAGCUGCCCCAUGCCCCGGAGCAUCCCGUGGCAAUGCUCAGCAUGGUGGAGAGGAGAGCCAUCAACCUGACAUGGGCCAAGCCCUUUGACGGCAACAGCCCCCUGAUCCGCUACGUCCUGGAGAUGUCAGAGAAUAAUGCUCCCUGGACCAUCCUCCUGGCCAGCGUGGAUCCUGAAGCCACUUCGGUGAUGGUCAAGGGCUUGGUCCCAGCACGGUCCUACCAGUUCCGACUCUGUGCUGUCAACGACGUGGGGAGAGGACAGUUUAGCAAGGACACCGACAGGAUUUCCCUCCCCGAGGAACCACCCACAGCCCCGCCGCAGAAUGUCAUCGCCAGCGGCCGCACCAACCAGUCCAUCAUGAUCCAGUGGCAGCCUCCUCCCGAGAGCCAUCAGAAUGGGGUCCUCAAAGGGUACCUCAUCAGGUACUGCCUGGCUGGGCUGCCUGUCGGAUACCAGUUCAAGAACAUCACCGACGCCGAUGUCAACAACCUGCUGCUGGAGGACCUCAUCAUCUGGACCAACUACGAGAUUGAGGUGGCCGCCUACAACAGUGCAGGGCUGGGCGUGUACAGCAGCAAGGUCACCGAGUGGACGCUGCAGGGAGUCCCCACGGUCCCCCCAGGCAAUGUGCACGUCGAAGCCACCAACUCUACCACCAUCCGCUUCACCUGGACUGCCCCCAGCCCCCAGUUUAUCAACGGCAUCAACCAGGGCUACAAGCUGAUCGCCUGGGAGCCAGAUCAGGAGGAGGAAGUUACCAUGGUGACUGCCCGGCCCAACUUUCAAGACAGCAUCCACGUGGGCUUUGUUUCCGGCCUAAAGAAGUUCACCGAGUACUUCACCUCCGCUCUGUGCUUCACCACCCCGGGGGACGGGCCCCGCAGCAGCCCCCAGCUGGUGCGCACCCAUGAAGAUGUGCCAGGCCCCGUGGGACACCUAAGCUUCAGUGACAUCCUGGACACUUCGCUGAAGGUCAGCUGGCAGGAGCCAGGAGAGAAGAACGGCAUCCUCACGGGGUACCGGAUCUCGUGGGAGGAGUACAACCGAACCAACACCCGCGUGACCCACUACCUGCCCAACGUGACCCUGGAGUACCGGGUCACCGGCCUCACCGCGCUCACUACCUACACCAUCGAGGUGGCUGCCAUGACCUCAAAAGGCCAGGGCCAGGUCUCUGCCUCCACCAUCUCCUCUGGGGUGCCUCCGGAACUCCCAGGUGCCCCCACCAACCUGGGCAUUUCUAACAUCGGCCCCCGCUCCGUGACCUUGCAGUUCAGACCUGGCUAUGACGGGAAAACCUCCAUCUCCCGCUGGCUGGUGGAAGCCCAGGUGGGCGUGAUCGGGGAGGGAGAGGAAUGGUUGCUGAUCCACCAACUCAGCAAUGAGCCAGAUGCCCGCUCCAUGGAAGUACCCGACCUCAACCCCUUCACCUACUACAGCUUCCGCAUGCGCCAGGUGAACAUCGUAGGCACCAGCCCACCCAGUCAGCCUUCCAGAAAGAUCCAGACUCUCCAGGCACCCCCAGACAUGGCCCCAGCCAAUGUGACUUUGCGCACGGCCAGUGAGACCAGCCUGUGGCUUCGCUGGAUGCCUCUCCCAGAGAUGGAAUACAAUGGGAACCCCGAGUCCGUGGGCUACAAGAUCAAGUACAGCCGAUCAGAUGGCCACGGCAAGACGCUGAGCCACGUGGUCCAGGACCGCGUGGAGCGGGAAUACACCAUCGAGGACCUGGAGGAGUGGACGGAGUACCGCGUCCAGGUCCAGGCCUUCAACGCCAUCGGGAGUGGGCCCUGGAGCCCGAUGGUGGUGGGCAGGACCCGGGAGUCAGUCCCAUCCUCUGGCCCCACCAACGUGUCUGCACUGGCUACCACGUCCAGCAGCAUGCUGGUGCGUUGGAAUGAGAUCCCCGAGGCCGACCGCAAUGGGCUCGUGCUGGGCUACAAGGUGGUGUAUAAGGAGAAGGAUUCAGAUGCCAAACCCAAGUACUGGCUGGUGGAAGGCAACUCGUCUCGCAGUGCCCAGCUCACGGGCUUGGGCAAGUAUGUGCUCUACGAGGUCCGUGUGCUGGCCUUCACGCGCAUCGGAGACGGCAGCCCCAGCCACCCUCCCGUCCUGGAGCGCACGCUGGAUGAUGUUCCAGGCCCCCCCAUGGGCAUCCUGUUCCCAGAGGUGAGGACCACAUCUGUGCGGCUCAUCUGGCAGCCCCCUACAGCCCCUAACGGCAUCAUCUUGGCUUACCAGAUCACGCACCGACUCAACGCCACCACGGCCAACACCGCCGCUGUGGAAGUGCUGGCACCCAGCGCCCGCCAGUACACGGCCACCAGCCUCAAGCCAGAAUCCGUCUACCUCUUCCGCAUCACGGCCCAGACCCGCAAAGGCUGGGGGGAGGCUGCCGAGGCCCUGGUGGUGACCACCGAGAAGAGAGACCGCCCCCAGCCCCCCAGCAAGCCCGUGGCACGUCAGGAGAACGUGAAGGCCCGCAGCGUGCUUCUGUCCUGGGAGCCAGGCAGCGAUGGGCUGUCCCCCGUGCGGUACUACACCGUCCAGACCAGAGAGCUGCCCGGGGGCAAGUGGGCGCUCCACUCGGCCUCUGUGAACCACAACGCCUCCACCUUCAUCGUGGACAGGCUUAAGCCCUUCACAUCCUACAAGUUCCGCCUGAAGGCCACCAAUGACAUCGGGGACAGCGAGUUCAGCGAGGAAUCCGAGUCGCUGACCACCCUGCAGGCCGCCCCUGAUGAAGCACCCACCAUCCUCUCCGUGACCCCUCAUACCACCACCUCUGUGCUAAUCCGAUGGCAGCCGCCAGCUGAGGAUAAGAUCAACGGCAUCCUCCUGGGCUUCCGAAUCCGGUACCGGGAGCUGCAGUUGGAAGGGCUGAGGGGCUUCACUCUUCGAGGCAUCAACAACCCUGGAGCCAAGUGGGCGGAGCUCACCCACCUGAACAAGCACAGACGAUAUGAAGUCCGCAUGAGUGUGUACAACGCAGUGGGCGAGGGACCCCUGAGCCCCCCGCAGGAGGUCUUUGUCGGGGAAGCAGUGCCCACAGCGGCACCCCAAAACGUGGCCGUCCAUGGUGCCACGGCCACACAGCUGGACGUGACGUGGGAGCCACCCCCGCUGGACAGUCAGAAUGGAGACAUCCAGGGCUACAAGAUUUUCUUCUGGGAAGCCCAGCGGGGGAACCUCACAGAACGGGUGAAGACACUUUUCCUGGCUGAGAAUGGCGUGAAACUCAAAAAUCUGACUGGCUACACUACCUACAUGGUCAGCGUGGCGGCCUUCAACGCUGCGGGGGACGGGCCACGGAGCGCCCCCACCCAGGGCCAGACCCAGCAAGCAGCCCCCAGCGCUCCCGGCUCAGUCAAGUUCAGCGAGCUGACCACGACCUCGGUAAACGUGUCCUGGGAAGCCCCCCGGUUCCCCAACGGCCUCCUGGAGGGCUACCGGCUAGUGUAUGAGCCCUGCACCCCAGUAGAUGGGGUCAGCAAGAUCGUGACAGUGGACGUGAAGGGGAACAGCCCGCUGUGGCUGAAGGUGAAGGACCUGGCCGAGGGCAUGACCUACAGGUUCCGCAUCCGGGCCAAGACCUUCACCUACGGGCCUGAGAUCGAAGCCAACGUCACCACCGGCCCAGGAGAAGGUGCCCCGGGCCCACCAGGAGUGCCCAUCAUCGUGAGGUACAGUUCUGCCAUCGCCAUCCACUGGGCCAGCGGUGACCCUGGCAAAGGACCCAUUACCCGCUACGUCAUAGAGGCCCGGCCUUCAGAUGAGGGGCUCUGGGACAUUUUGAUCAAGGACAUCCCCAAGGAGGUGAGCUCUUACACCUUCAGCAUGGACAUCCUGAAACCUGGCGUGAGCUACGACUUCCGGGUCAUUGCUGUCAACGACUAUGGCUUCGGCACCCCCAGCAGUCCCUCCCAGUCUGUGCCAGCCCAAAAAGCCAACCCUUUCUAUGAGGAGUGGUGGUUCCUGGUGGUCAUUGCCCUGGUGGGCCUCAUCUUCAUCCUGCUUCUGGUCUUUGUGCUCAUCAUCCGAGGCCAGAGCAAGAAGUAUGCCAAGAAGACAGACUCAGCAGGCAAUGUCAAAUCGGGAGCCCUAGGCCAUGGGGAGAUGCUGAGCUUGGACGAAAGCAGUUUUCCUGCCUUGGAACUCAACAACAGGAGGCUGUCGGUCAAGAACUCCUUCUGCAGAAAGAAUGGCCUGUACACCAGGCCCAGCCCUGGCAGCCUCCACUACUCAGAUGAGGACGUCACCAAGUACAACGACCUCAUCCCCGCAGAGAGCAGCAGCCUCACCGAGAAGCCCUCGGAAAUCUCUGACUCCCAGGGAAGUGACAGUGAGUACGAGGUGGACCCGAACCCCCAGAAGGCCCACUCCUUUGUCAACCACUACAUCAGCGACCCAACCUACUACAACUCCUGGCGGCGCCAGCAGAAGGGUAUCUCGCGGGCCCAGGCGUACAGCUACACAGAGAGCGACCCUGGGGAGCCUGAUCACGUCACCAUCGCCAACAGCACCAGCGCCCAGCAGGGCAGCCUCUUCCGGCCCAAGGCUAGCCGGACUCCUACGCCCCAAAACCCUCCGAACCCCCCAAGUCAACAGAGCACCCUCUACCGGCCCCCCAGCAGCCUGGCCCCUGGCUCCCGGGCUCCUAUUGCAGGAUUUUCAUCUUUUGUUUGAUGACAGAGUAGGAAAAGAAAGAAAGUAAGAAAAAAAAGGACACCAAAAUCCUCCUCACCACUUCUCACCAUGCCUGCCAGAAAACAACAAAAAACACCAAGAAACCAAGUCAGCUGUUCACCUCUCAAGUUUAAUUUUCCAGAUUCCAGGGCCAGCAAAGCCUGCAUGGAGGAGGAAGACGAGAAGGAAGAGGAGGAGGAAGAGGAAAAGGGGGAGGAGGAGGAGGAGGAGGAGACCAAGGAAGGAUGUGUGUGCUGGCAUGUGGGACCCACUGCUCUGCAGUGAGUUGCACCUGGACUAGAGAUGGGACUGGAGAUUGGGGGAGAUGGAGAAAGAGAGAGGCCAAGAGGGCAAAGGACUUGAGGGCUGUAAGGCAGGCAUGGCUGAGGGACAGAGAGGCUUCUGAUGUCUAGCCAGCCACCCCUUCCCUCUUGUGUUUCAUACC